AUGCCUCUUAUCGAUGAAACCGUUGAGCCGGAGGUCAAGGAGCUCUGGCGGCCCUCUUCUCCCGAGACAACCCAGAUCUAUGAUUUCAUGACUAAAGUGAACAAGAAGUAUGGCUUGUCACUGAAUAACUACGACGCUCUCUGGAAAUGGAGUGUUUCUGAACCAGCCCAAUUCUGGGAAGAAAUCUGGCACUAUACGAAAAUCAAUGCUCACAAUCCAUACCAACAGGUCCUUGGUUCAAAAGAUGUGCUAUUUCCUAGACCUUCAUUCUUCGAAGGCAGCACUUUGAACUUCGCCGAGAAUCUCCUUUAUCCCGCCACCUCGCCGGAUGAAGAUUCCGUAGCAGUCAUUGGCGCCACUGAAGCAGCCCGCGAAUUCAUUUCGUGGAAGGAGCUGCGAGAGCGAGUUCGGCUGUGUGCAAAUGCGUUGAAAGAAGCAGGUCUGAAGACCGGCGAUCGUGUCGCUGGCUUCGUAGGCAAUCAUGCUAAUACCGUCGUGGCAAUGUUGGCCGCAGCCUCGAUCGGAGCCUUUUGGACUGGCGUGUCACCUGACACGGGUGUGCAUGCUGUCUUGGAGCGCUUGAAGCAAAUCCAGCCUAAGAUUCUCUUUGCAGACAAUGGCUCCUUUUACAAUGGCAAGGUGCACAGCUCAUAUGCCAAGGUAUGGGAGAUUGUCUCUGAAUUGCCAGACCUUGAGCUUUUGGUGCUCUUUAUCACUACCCCAGAACUUGAGGUUAACCUCAAUGAUCUUCAACCUGCAAAUGGGAAAGCAAAGGUUUAUGGUGAUUUCGUGUCUGGAGUCAAGAACCCUCAGGCGCCAUUGGAGUUCGCAAGCUUGAGACCGGAUCAUCCUGUCUACAUCUUGUACUCGUCCGGUACAACAGGAGCUCCCAAGCCUAUCGUUCAUGGGUCUCUGGGCACAUUGUUGCAACACAAGAAAGAGCAUCUCCUUCACUGUGACAUCCGACCUGGCGAUCGCUUGUUCUACUUCACAACGACAACCUGGAUGAUGUGGCACUGGCUAGUAUCGGGCUUGGCCAGUGGAGCGACAAUCGUCCUGUAUGAUGGUUCACCCUUCCGACCCUUUGAUGUUGAAGGCGGAAAGGGAGAGAUGGCCAUGCCGCGACUGAUUGAAGAGCUUCAAAUUACCCAUUUCGGUACAUCAGCUAAAUACCUCUCUCUCCUCGAACAAGCUGCUUUGAACCCCCGCAAGCAUACCAAUCGGCCAGUGUCAUUGAAGACCCUAAGGGCCAUCUUCAGUACUGGGUCCCCAUUGGCACCAUCGACAUUCGAAUACGUUUAUUCCUCUUUCCACCACGACAUCAUGCUUGGUUCCAUCACCGGUGGCACAGACAUCCUAUCUUUGUUCGCCUCUGGCUGCCCCAUUCUUCCUGUUUACAAAGGAGAAAUCCAAUGUCGCUCACUAGGGAUGGACAUCUCAGUGUUCGACUAUGCUGGCAACGAUAUCAGCGCAACAGGCGAACCCGGUGAUCUUGUCUGCGUCACACCCUUCCCGGCCCAACCAGUCAUGUUCUGGCCCCAGGGACAAACCGGCUUGGAGAAGUACCGAAAGAGCUACUUCGACGUGUUCGGGCCCUCAGUCUGGCACCAUGGAGACUAUGUACGCUUGAACCCGCAAACUGGAGGUGUGGUCAUGCUAGGCCGCAGCGACGGCGUACUUAAGCCCUCCGGAGUACGAUUUGGAAGUGCUGAGAUCUACAAUAUUCUACUCAAGCAUUUCGCCGACGACGUGGAAGAUUCUCUUUGCAUCGGCCGGAGACGAGAUGGCAUCGACGCGGAUGAAACGGUCGUUCUGUUUGUCCGACUUGCUGCCGGCAAUGAGUCUGGUAUGCCGUCGGAUCUCGCGGCACGCAUUCAGUCCACCAUUCGGAAGGAACUUAGCCCUCGCCAUGUCCCUGGCGUUAUUGACGCAUGUCCCGAGAUUCCGGUGACUUCUAAUGGCAAGAAGGUCGAGAAUGCUGUCAAGCAGAUCUUGUGUGGGCUUAAUAUCAAGAUUGGUGCAAGUGUUGCAAAUGCUUUAUGUCUUGAUUGGUAUAGAAACUGGGCAUCGGAACACCCUUAG